CACGCAGGCAACGGCACGUCAGCCAAUCACGUCAAGUGGGCGGGGCCAGACUAGCAUUUUUUUUCAUAGCCACGUAGCUAAGCUACCAAACGUUGGCAGUCUCGCGAACGUCAGCGAACUUUACGAUGGAUUUGCCACAUCAAGGAUACCGAGCAAGUAAACAGAGAGGUCGUGCAGCUCCCAUGGGGGGAGAAUCUGUGCUUUUUGACGAUACCAGCACAUCAGCCGUCAACACCCAGGGUUAUUACACUCCAGGAUACAACAUGGCGGGGCCCCCAAACGACAUGCAACCUGGAGUGAACAAUCUGUUUGCUGAUCCCAUGGCCAACGCUGCAAUGAUGUACGGCUCGUCCUUAGCCAACCAGGGCAAGGACAUGGUGGGCAAGGAGAUCAGCAGGUUCAUGGCUGUGAACAAGCUGAAAUACUUCUUCGCCGUGGACACCAGAUACGUGCUGAAGAAGCUCAUGAUCCUCAUGUUCCCUUACACACAUCAGGAUUGGGAAGUCCGCUACCAUCGGGACACUCCGCUGCCUCCAAGACAAGAUGUGAACGCACCUGAUCUUUACAUACCUACCAUGGCUUUCAUCACCUACAUUCUACUGGCUGGGAUGGCUCUGGGCAUUCAGAAAAGGUUCAGUCCAGAGGUGCUCGGACUUUGUGCCAGCACUGCUUUGGUGUGGGUCAUCAUCGAGGUCUUGGUGAUGUUGCUGAGUUUGUACUUGUUGACGGUACACAGCGACUUGUCCACCUUUGACCUCCUCGCCUACAGUGGAUACAAAUAUGUUGGGAUGAUCUUCACCUUGCUGUGUGGCUUGCUCUUUGGCAGCGACGGCUACUUUGUGGCCCUGGCCUGGUCCUCUUGUGCCCUCAUGUUCUUCAUAGUGCGCUCUCUGAAAAUGAAGAUCCUGACUUCUCUGGCGUCGGACUCCAUGUCCACCGGCUCCAGCGCCAAACCCCAAGUCCGCAUGUACAUGACGGUGGCCACCGCCAUUUUCCAGCCCGUCAUCAUUUACUGGCUGACGUCUCACCUGGUCAGGUGACUGUGACGUCCAGGUGUGUUUGGGACACCCCCACAAGACGAAGCGUGUGUGACUGUUUGUACGCCUGCCUUCUUUAACACACGCCUGGGCCAGCCAGGUCCACACAAGAUGCGUCGGCCAGUGAAAAUAAGACAUCUCGUGCAGUGAUUCUGACAAAUAUUCUUUUUUAAAAAGGGCUGUGAAGAUUGUGCUGUGGAGAGCACAUGGCGGCACACCAACAUAAUAACUCCUCUGCAACAUUGCCACCAGUCCCUAUUUUAUUUAUCUAAAUAUGACAAAGCAUGAGGCUUGGAUUUUUGUAGGGGAAAAAUAAAUAUAUUCAGCUUUGA